AUGGGGAUUCUGAGCCCGCUCUCAAUCAUUCACCUCCUCUGGGCUGCUAUGGUCUUUUGUCAAUAUGAAGAUUAUGAUUUUGAGGAUGAAUAUGAUGAGCCAGACCAUCAACAUCCAUAUUAUUUUAAUCCAAAUAUACAAGUUGAAGUCCCUCACUUUCCUUUUCCAGUUGAGUGUGCCAAAGAGUGUUUUUGUCCACCAGCUUUUCUGUUAUCAAUGUACUGCGACCAUCGUAAGCUGAAGGCAGUACCAAAUAUCCCUAGUCACAUCCAACAACUUUAUCUGCAAAAUAACGAUAUUGAAGCUGUGCCUGCAGGACCAUUCACUAAUGGUACCUUCUUACGAGAAAUUAACCUCAGCCACAACAAAAUUAAAUCUCCUAUGAUUGACCACGGUGUUUUUGCCAAACUUUCAAACUUGGUGCAACUUCAUUUACAGCAUAAUGAAUUAGAAGAAUUUCCAUUCCCACUCCCCAGCUCUCUAGAGAGACUCCUCCUUGGUUUCAAUAAGAUUUCUCAGUUAUCUGGAGAGGCACUGGAAGGAUUACCCAACAUAACCAUGCUUGACCUCUGCAAUAACUUUCUUGACGACUCUGUACUAAAAGGAAAACCCUUUUCAAACACAAAAAAUUUAAUGCAGCUCCAUUUAUGCAACAACAGAUUACAGACUAUGCCUCCCGAUCUACCAUCGUCACUUAUGUAUCUUUCUCUUGAGAAUAACUCGAUUUCUUAUAUUCCAGAAAACUAUUUCAACAGACUUCCAAAAAUCAUUGCUCUAAGAAUGUCCCACAAUAACCUGCAGAACAUUGCACGCAACACUUUUAAUCUACCCAACCUUCUAGAACUUAAUCUUGGACAUAACAAAUUGAAACAAGUAUUCUACAUUCCAAGAAGUUUGCAGCACUUGUAUCUUGAAGACAAUGACAUUGAAAUGAUAAAUGUUACUCUGAUGUGUCCAUCUAUUGACCCAAUGAACUCCAAGCAAUUAACCUAUAUACGAGUGGACCAAAAUAAGCUUACAAUUCCAAUAAGCACAUAUGCAUUCUUUUGUUUCCCCCACAUUCAAGCCAUUUAUUACGGUGAACAAAAUGUCAACAAGUCAACUCAGCUAAGAAUUCCAGUGUUUCGACGAUUUUUAACACCAGAAGAAUACGAUGAAGCAGAAGACUAUCUCGAAAUAUAUGAUCAUGAAACUGAAGAAGAUCAUGAAGCAGAAGAUAACUACUUUCGUCAUUACUUUCAAUGA